AUGCAAAGGGGGCGGGUUAUCGGUUGCGGCUGCGCAGAGCGUACCAGUAGCCGGCGAGCGAGCACGUUGUGAAAGUGCUUUUCUUACUUACUCCGCGUCGUCAUUCAAACACAACUUUGGCUCCGAACAACUACUCGAUAAAUCACCAAACUCUGAGCUCCAGUGAGUAAAGAAGAAGAAAUGGUGAUGGAGAAGCCAAGUGCCCAGCUGGUCGGGCGAGAGUUUGUCCGACAGUACUACACGCUGCUCAACCAGGCGCCAGACUACCUGCACAGGUUCUAUGGAAAGAACUCGUCGUACGUCCACGGCGGCUUGGACGCCAGCGGCAAACCUCAAGGGGCGGUGUACGGCCAGUCGGACAUCCACAAGCGCGUCAUGGCACUGAGCUUCCGCGACUGCCGCACAAAGAUCGGCCACGUGGACGCUCACGCCACGCUCAAUGAGGGCGUGGUCGUGCAGGUGAUGGGAGAACUGUCCAACAACAUGCAGCCCAUGAGGAAGUUCAUGCAGACCUUCAUCCUGGCACCAGAGGGGAACGUCGCCAACAAGUUCUACGUGCACAAUGAUGUCUUCCGCUACCAGGAUGAAGUCUUUGCUGACUCUGAUUUUGAAGCACCCGAAGAGUAUGAGGACGAGGUGGAGGAGAUGGAGCGUGUCCCCUCACCUGACGUCCUGCCUGAAGAGCCCACUUCCUUCUACGAGCCUCCACCUUGUUCUGAGGCAGUACUUCCUGCUGAAGACGAGGAUGAGGCGGUGGCGGCGAGUCCUGAACCAGAACCUGAAGGGGACAAGGGGACGGACAGCGCUGCGGUGGAUCUGAAAGUGGACGCCGCGCUGGAGACACAAAGUGAGGCGCCCACAGCCAAUGAGCAGACAGAGAAAAGCCCCGCCCCCAACGCCGUCACGGAACCUGCCGCCGCCGCUGAACCCGCCCCCGUCGCUCCAGAGGAAAACCGGCCUUUCUCCUGGGCGUCUGUGACCAGUAAGCACCUCCCGCCCAGCGGGGUCGUCCCCGUCUCCGGAAUCCCACCUCACGUGGUUAAAGUUACGCCCACAGCACCGGCCCAAGCGGAGGUGAAGUCCGAGUCCCAGACGGCGUCCCAGAGACCGCAGAGAGACCAGCGUCCCCAAAGAGCAGAGACCACCCGCCCCUGGGGGCCCACCUCCCGAGGACCUCGACCCGUGCGUGAGGGCGAGCAAGGUGAGGUGGAAGGUCGAAGGAUGGUCCGCUACCCCGACGCCCACCAGGUCUUUGUGGGCAACGUCCCCCACGACGUGGACAAGAGCGACCUGAAGGAGUUCUUUGAGCAGUACGGCACGGUUCUGGAGCUGCGGAUCAACAGCGGAGGGAAACUUCCCAACUUUGGCUUUGUGGUCUUUGACGACUCCGAGCCGGUCCAGAAGAUCCUCAGCAGUCGGCCCAUCAAGUUCCGUGGUGAAGUGCGCCUGAACGUGGAGGAGAAGAAGACCCGCAUGGCCCGGGAAGGGGACAGGCGGGACGUCAGGCCUCGCGGCCCAGGAGGACCCGGCGGUCCCAGAGAACGCAUCGGAGGCGGCGGACCUCGAGGCCCCCUCCCCCGCGGAGGAGCCACACAGAAGCCCAGUUUCGGUUCCGGUCGGGGCGCGGGACCCAGCGAGGGACGCUACUCGUCUCAGCGUCAGUGAUGUUGGAGUCCUGCAGUGGAACCAUUGGACUUGACCAAAUUCUCUCCUUUAGUUGACUCACUGUCCGGUCCCAUGGCCCCGCCCCCUGGCCGGCUGAUGACUUCUGGGACUUUUUGUUUAUCCAAGCUGAACUCGAAGUGGACUUGAAGAGAACUUUUGGUUCUUUUCUUCUCUUUCUCCACAAGGACGUCGACCCGAGGUGACCUCCUUCCUCCUUUUAGACGAGCGCCACUCCUUCUUCGCCGCCGUGUCGCCUCAACGCCACGCCACUAAAUUAAAGUCAUUUACUGUUUUAAA